UUUUUUUUCUUCUUUAUCGAAACCGUUUUGCCGAAGCACAUAAAUGUCACAACAAAAUACGCACACCAUUGCCAUUUUCAUUUCACGGAUGGUUGAAUAAAGCCCAUCGAAAUUGCAAAAAAAAUUGUUAAAGCCGUUCUACCCAUUUCAAAUGUAGAUACACAGACAUACACACAAGCAAAAACACACGAACACAACGGCACAUCUACAAUUUAGAUCCAUACGGUUCGCUCUUGCUCUCGUCGCGUGUGUCACUUCUAAUUCACUGGAUUUUACAUCCAAAGUUUCGCCUAGAUAGUUCUUUUGUUGCCUUUAGCUUUCUUUUGCCAGCCGUCUUUUAAAACUCUCGCUCUCCGUGUGUAAAAUGUACGAAUAGCAGCAGAAGCAACAAAAUCGUCGAUUCUAACUGGUUCAUUAGUUUUUUUUUCUAUUCACCUUUUACAAAACGAAAUGAGACUGUUUUGUUUUAAAGAGAUGUUGUAUUUGGUUGUUGUUGCUGGUAGUGUAGCUUAUCAGUGUUUCAAUGAGUGUACUGUAUACGGUCGACAUUUGGUUCUAUAUCGUUUGUGAUAACAACAACAACAGCAACAGCAGAAGUAGCAACGACAAAAAAGAAAACACACACAAAUUUCACUUCAGCUUUCCUGUUUUUUUUUCGUUUCUUAUUCAUUCCGAACUGCUUCAUUUCGCCAUUAUUUUAUCGGAUAUAAUCAAAACGUGUGUGCGUCUUUUUUUUUCUCUCGUCUUCAUCGAAUGCCAAUUUCUAUUUAAUUUGCUGUUUUGUGAGACGGUGCAAAGUAAAUGGGUUUGAUAUUCUCAUAGCUUUCGAAACAACAGAAGAAAAAAAAUCAUUAGAUGAAAGAAGUUGAAUGAUAAAAAUGAGUAUUGGAGGUUUGCAUAGCAUUUUGUGUUACAAUAAAGUAAAGUAAAGUGAAGCGAAGUGAAGUAGUUUUGUUUUUUUACGGGUAAUCGAUCUUUGUGCAUAUUUCAAUUAAAUGAUGUGAUCUAUUGAAAGCAGUGUAGAAAUUGUGCGAAAUAAAGCAAAACGAUAGUUACGUUUUGUGUUGUCAAUGUGACGGAAGACAGGCGGAGAAGGAGAGAGAGAGAGAGUAAAUAAAACAAUUUAAACCACAUUUUACAUCCAGAUAUUUUGAUUAAAAGGGUAAAAUCAAUUCAUUAGUCGAAAUAAAAAAAAAAUACCGGUAAACAGUGUACGGACUAAACGAAACGAGUGUGCAGCGAAUUAUGUACCUCGCCGUUCAGUUAGGUCGAUUAAUGUGAUAAACAAAACAGCAAUCGAAACGCCAGAAAAGGAAAUAAAAAAGCACGCGCGCGAUUGAUUGAAUGUUUUUCAAAGUGCAUUCGUUUGGAAUCCCAUGAUAGUCCUGCCGAUUAUUCGACGGAUCCGUGCUAUUUUUGUCGAUGAUUCAGUUCCGCUUAUUUUUCGAUUUGGCAGUUAAUAAUUUUGAUUGUUUUCACAAUCACACCACACUACCAUAUCCAUAUCCAAUUUUUUCGUGCGGUGCACAGUGCACAUGGUAAAUGUAAUGGCCGAUAAUGUCGACGAAGAUGUUUGUAGUUACAUUGGAAAAUCAAAUUCAUCCAAUAGUCUAAAACAAAUCGAUUUAACACAACUGAAUCAACAGCAGCAACAGCAACAACUACAACAUCACCAGCACAACCAUCAACACCACCACCAUCACCAUCACCACCAGCAACAGCAACAACAGCAGCAACAUGACGAUGCCGAGCAUAUCAACAAUGCCAUUUCAAUUACAUCCGAUAAGGAUGAUUCACCUUGUCUUUUGGCAACCAACCCAUCAAAGGGUACUUCGCAUCGGAACGACGCGCAAAACAAAAAGGAGAAACGGCAAUUAAUUAUUGCGACAACGUUAUGCUUCUUCUUUAUGUUUGCUGAAAUUCUGGGCGGCUACUUGGCAGGAAGUUUGGCCAUUAUGUCCGACGCUGCCCACCUACUAUCCGAUUGCAUAAGCUUCAUUGUCGCAUUAUUGGCCAUUGUUUGGGCAAAAAAAACACCAACUAAUUACAUGACAUUCGGCUAUAAGCGAGUUGAGGUUUUGGGCGCAAUUCUAUCGAUAUUCGGUAUAUGGCUGUUGACAACAUUCCUAUUUUAUUUUGCUGUGAAUCGAUUAAUGUACCAAGAUUUCGAUAUCGAUGCGGACACAAUGAUGAUUGUUUCCGCUGUUGGAAUCGUAAUAAAUAUCAUAAUGGCCUUGAUAUUGCAUGGAGAAGGGUUGUGUUGUUUUAAACAAGUACGCCAUCAUCAUCAUCACAAUUGCCAUUCGCAUUCGCCAAAGCACAAUCAAACGUAUCACAAUAAUAAUAAAACGAAAUUCGAAUAUCGGCCGUUGAUAGACGAAGCGACCGAAAAACGUGGUGCCAAUUUAUGGAGUUCCAUUCCUGUAUCAAUUUCAAGUUCAAAGCGAGUCGAUCGCCGUGAUAGAAUAUGUUCGUCUCGUUCACCGAACCAUAGUCGAUCGAAUUCACUGAGUCGAUCGUAUGCGUUUACCAAUGGCCAUUGCAGCGGAAGCGAUAUGAUACGACGCAGUAGUCAUACAAUGAGUUCCGUAUCGAGCACAGCCGGAACUAAAAUCAAAGACAUAAUCGAUGUGCAAAGCAAUGAUUGCAUUGAUGUCGACCUAACCGAUGAGAAAUUACCAGUGAAUUGUUCCAAUGAGACGAUCGGUGUAGGUGGUUGUGUUUCAAACGGUUCGGCCAUUUGUCCGAUUCAUCACUACGUACAUCGUGAUAGUUCUGAGCAUACGCCAAUCACAAGCAGUGACAGCGAAGAUUUACACGACCAUCGUUCAAACCAUCGCAAUGGUUUUGUUAAUCAUUUGCAUUGCAAUCAAUCGCGUCACUCACACGAUUUUUCAUCGAAAAAUAUCAACAUUCAGGCGGCUGUGAUACAUGUCAUUGGUGAUUUCAUUCAAAGUAUUGGUGUUUUUAUAUCAGCAGUAAUCAUAAAGAAUUAUCCAAAUGCUAAAAUAGCAGACCCACUAUGUACCUUCGUAUUUUCAAUUAUCGUCAUGAUGACCACGUGUACCAUUAUGAAAGAAUCGAUUGCCAUCAUUUUGGAAGCAGUACCGAACAGCGUCAGCACCGAACGGCUAAAGGACGACCUAAAAAGCAUUGAUGGCGUGAGGUCCGUUCAUAGUUUGAAUGUUUGGUGUCUAACAGUUGGCUGGCAUGUUUUGUCUGUGCACAUAAUCAUUGAUCCAUUCGUUAAGUCAUCGGAUGUGCUGUAUAUCGCAACAACAAUCGCACAAAAAGGCUACAAUAUCAAACAGUGUACCAUCCAGAUUGAAAAGUAUGACCGUGAAAUCGAAUGUGAUGAAGCUGUUGGCAUUACAAAUCAAAAGUCAAUUGUUUCCGAAAACGAGAACUCAAUUAUCAAUAUUUUAGCAUAGAAUGAAAAUUACCGCGUGAUUUUUUUUGUUAUUUGUGAAUGCGGUCAAUAAAUACUUAAAAUUGAUAAGUAAAAGAUAAAAAUAUAAAUGUGCAACCCGGACAAAAAAUAAGAUGAACAAAAAUAACUGAUUGUGUCGUUUAAUAAAAAAAAGAAAUAUAGUAAAAACCAGUUUGAAAUUGGAAUGGACCCCAUUCAACCUGUAAAUAGAAAUAAAAACAAACAGAAAAAAAAACGAACAAAAUGAAACGGAAUAGACGAAAUUUUUGCAAAUUAGCCGGUUUUUUCACUUUAAUAUAAUAAAUUAAAUGUUAUUAUACAGCAAGAGAAAGAGAACAAGAACAAACACAUAAACAAGUAUUGUAAUUUUAAUUCAAGUCAUGUAGGUUUACGACCUCUUGAAGAGAUUUACUGUGUUCAUGUUGAAUUUUUUUCUUUGAUAGAUUUGUCUUUUCCUCGAGGUUUUAGCUUCAAUCAAAAUCAAAUUCGAGUUUGUUUUUGAGAAUAGCCUGUUCAAACGGUAUCCACUCGAUCAACACUUUUGUGUUUGAAAAGAAAAAUUUGAACAUGAAUAUUCCAAUUUAGAUUGUUUUAAAAAUAAUACUGGAGUGCAAUAAUGAUACAUAUUUAGUUAUAUUCGGUGAUAUUUGAUGAAAUCAAUUAGUUUUCAAUUUCAAACAGCCAAUUUUUGGCUAAAAUGCAUACAGAGCAACCAAAUAAGAUCAAAAAACUGCGCAAAUAUCUUAAUCUGUACUAGACAGUGCUUAAUGUUUUCUUUUCUCCUCUUCGAUUUGAUUUAGAUGUAAAAAUGAAACUUUGUUAACUUGAGAGAAAAAAAAGAGCAAACUUUUAAUAAAUUCAUUGUGUUGUCUUUUGCGAAAA